ACCUAGUUCGUGUGACCACUCGACUCGCCUGCCUCAUGCACGUUUUCUCACACUACACAAGCGAGAAGAUGCUGUGGAGCUGCACGCGCUUCGACCAGGAAGCAGACGCACACGAAGCAGCGAUGAACCUGCGACUUGCAUGGGUACGAUGAUUGACGUUCGGGAACUCGGGAAAGUUUCCGUGGAAGACCUUGGUAAAUUGAAAGAAGAAAAAAAAGUAUUAUGCCUAUCUAUCUUGAAUCCUGCAUUCGUGUGGCUGCCGUUGGUGUGAAGUGCUCAGGUGUCCUUUGGAUCCUGUAAGGUUGAUCCAGCUCCAAUUCUAUGCGCCCUUUCGCCUGCUCACACGCCGAUCUGUUUACGAAGGAGGGAUGCAUAGUCAAGACAGAACACCUUUCACAUCAAGGCUUCGGCCAUUUCUGUUAGGCCACUGCUUUUUCUCGUCGUUUCUUCUUUUAUGCCAGGCUGAGCUUCAGAGGUCAUGCUCACAGCUUGGAUCUCAAAGACGAGGUGAGCAGUGCCAGUCACUGUGCCACUGCAGAUACUAUCCACCUCUACCUCCUCCACCACCACCUCCACCCCCUCCUCGGCUACUUAUAACAACAGUGGCUGAGCCUCCAGUUCCUCUGCUAAGGCCAUGGUGGAUGGACUUCAUUUUGGUUGUGACAGUAGGAUGCACAUCGGCUUUCUUUCUACUUUUAAUUCUUCUCCUCUGCUACAAGUCCAUUAAACGGAAACCUCUUAAAAAAGAGGAGAAUGGCACCAGUCGUGGAGAAUAUGGCAUGAGCUGCCGCAAGAAAAAGACCACUAAUAGUGUUGUAGUGUAAAACAGAUACUCAUAUAAAGAGCUAAUGAUGUCUCUGCAUUGCUGCAUUCUUAGCACUUACUGACCCAAUGUGCAGCAGAAGUGCUAACUAUAGUGUACCUCCAAAGACUGAGCAGAGAAUGGAGAAGGUUAAUUUGCUGGAAGACUGCAGCCAGGUCUGUUACACUACUGCUCUGCUUUCUCAGAGAUCCACUCCAAUGCACAACUGGUAAACUGUGGCAUAGAGACAAUGACACAUAUAUUUGCAUGAAUUCUUAUUUCAAUGGCAAUAUAUCAAUAUAUAAUAUAUAAUACCAGAUGCUUUAUUUUACAUUUGACACACUGGUCUUUAAUCUAAUUUCUAAGCAUAGCGGUUUCUAUUUAUUUAAUAAAUUAUGACAUUUAUUUUGUCAA